AUGCCCUCCGAGAUCUACACCUGUGGUGAGAUGGCUGUCCUCAACCCAGCCAGCUCCCCUGGUGAGAGCACCAGCGACCGGCUUACGCUCUUGCUCUGCACCAACGCCAGUGGCUCAGAGAAGGCCCCACUGAGGGCAGUGGGGGAGAGCCCCCAGCCCCGCUGCCUGCGGGGUGUCAACCUGGGGCAGAUGCCCUGGAGCUACCGUGCCAGCAGCCUGGCCAGCAUGACCGCCUCCCUCUUCGCCGAGUGGCUGCGGGGGGUCCACGAGCUUUCCAACGUCAGGAUGGUCUUCAUCCCGUCAGCCACCACCCUUGUCCAGCCCCUGGACCGUGGCAUUGCCAGUGACCUCAAGGGCCACUACCGGCGCCGGUUGCUGAGGUGGCUGCCGGCAGAGCGUGGUGUGGGGCAGCCGACCCUCCUGGAUGUUCUGCACAUGCUGGCACAGGCGUGGGGUGAUGUGCACCCCGGGCACAUUGCCAGCUGCUUCCGUGCUGCUGGCUUCAGCCCCGAUGCCAGUACUGAGGCCCCAACACGUGGCUUGCUCAGCCAGGAGCAGCUGGAGCACCGCACGCUGAAGGACAAGGAGCUGGAGUGUGAUGGGGAGCCAGCAGACGGGGACGAGGGGACAGCAGAUGGCGAAGAUGGUGGAGAGCUGGCAGCGGUGCAGCCCUGCCCCUCGGAGAGGGAGGUGUGGCGGAGCCUGGCCACACUGCGGCGGUACCUGGAGUGCCAGGCCACCUCACCAGACCUCUUCCAGGCCUUCUAUGAACUGGAGGAUGCUGUGCACAUGCUGUCGGCUG